AAAAUCCCUAACACUGUCAGCUGUAUUUGUAUCUACCUAUAGUGAGUAAAAAAUGGCUGAACAAUACGAUUUGGCCGCGAAAGACAUCGAAAGACUAAAAGCCAACGCCAAAAGACGCCUGGAACUACGCAAUGAAUUCCUCAAACAACAAUCCGACCCAUUUCGACAUGCAUCUGGCGAAGGCGGACAUGUCUUUGAUCCAGCAAUUCAACGUUUCGGUGCCAUGCGUCUGAGUUCCUUUGAACAUUUCAAAGCAAACGCUAAAAACGUCCGCACUGGAUUAUUCUGCGUCGUUAUACCGCUGGCUGCGACCAUGUACAUCUUUAAAACGCAGAGAGAACGAGACGAAGAGAAGUACCGCACCGGACAAGUCGCCUACAAGGACCGUCGAUUCAAAUUCAUCUAAAUUCAUCAAUCUUAUAUUGCUAACAUAGUAAUACUAGCGAAAAUCAUAAUAAAUUAAAUGCAAUUCGUGUAAA